AUGGAAAUGUUGAUGCGUAGACGUCCACAAAAUGGCAGGACUUGGGAAUCUUAUAGAGCUGGUCUUCUUGGUGGAUUUCCAAAUCGAGCUCUUUUAAUGUUAGAGCGACGUUUCUUGCACACCAUUGCACAAGACAAUAUCAGGCCACCUCCUACUAGUGUUCAGAUGACUAUUCCUGCCGUCUGUCGUGUAUCGAGUCUAACUGAAGUGCCUUUUUGCAGUCGGACAUCAGGAGAGGCUUGUGAAACAGGCGCCAGCGGAGAGGUGCUUAGAUUUGCGAGGAGAAGACACAGGAGAAGGAUGAAACACAGGUUUGGAUUGCCAUGA